UGCUUUUCCCUCGGGCUUCUGCCAUAGGUUCUCCAGAUCCCUGAGCACACAAUGCUUGGAUGAGCAUAGCAUUGUUAGGUAAUAGCCUCCCUCCCUUUACUUAGCAGAGGUUGUAAGCCUCUUGCCUCUGCUCUCCUCAUGCUCUGAUGUCUUAGUUUUGUCUGUCACCCAGUGGACCAGAUUUGGUUUGGUCCAUGGCUCCCUUCCUCAGACCAUCUACCUGGACUUUGGCCCUCCUGAGAGGUGCUCUCUGGCUCUCUGUGCUCUGGGCACUGUUGUCUCCUGCCUGCUGUUCCCGUAGCCCACCCAAAUGGCGCUUCUCUACCUCUGAAAUUGUCAUCCCCAGGAAGGUUCCCCAGAGAAUGGGCAAAAGUGAUAUGUCUGGGCACAUCACCUAUAGCAUGCGCUUUAGGGGACAAAGACAUGUGGUCCACAUGAAACUCAAGAAAAACAUGAUUCCUCAAAAUUUUCCUGUAUAUACCUCUAAUGACCAAGGAGCCCAACAGAAGGAUUACCCAUUUGUUCCUCGGGAUUGUUACUUCUACAGCUUCCUGGAAGGAGUCCCUGGGUCCCAAGCUAUACUAGAUACCUGUACUGGAGGUCUGAAAGGCAUGAUACAGGUGGAUGACUUCACUUAUGAAAUCAAACCAUUGGCAUCUUCUUCCAAAUUUGAGCAUGUAAUUUCUCUGCUUGUGGUGGAUGAAAGGUCACGUGAGUCAAAAAAGUGUAGAAAUGAUGAGAUUAUGGCAAAGGCAGGUGACCUCUCUGAAGAGACCAAGCUGGCUGGAAGUCCCAGAGCAGCCCCUGUAUAUCUGUGGCGUUACCAUUUGAAAAGUGUAGGAAUACACUACACGGUGACUCAUGACUUAUUCAAACAAACUGGGAGCAAUUCCUCCACCUCAGUUGAGUUAAUACUGAUUAUGAAUAGCAUUUCAGAUAGCAUUUAUAAAAUAAGUGGAUUGAUUGUGUAUGCACGUGGUGUAUGGAUUUGGAAUACGAAGAACCUGCAUACUGUCCCCGGUGAAAAUCCCCACCUUGAUCCUUGGAGUGUUAUGGCAGGUUUUGGUGUAUGGAAAUCUAAAGAAUUGCACGAUUUGUAUGCCACUACAGCUAUUCUCCUUGCAUCAAGACCAAAAAAUACAGAUUAUGGAAGCUUUCAGAAUGGAUUAUGUAACCCCAACUGGGGAGUAUUAUUUACAUAUGUAGGAAAAAACCAUUUAUUUCUGGCUGGAUCUUUCCUGGCACAUGCAGUGGGUCACCUUUUAGAUGUAAGCCAUGAUACACCAGGCUGUGUUUGUUUCAGAAGGAGCAGUUGUCUCAUGGAUGAAUUUCCUACUCUUCAUGAUAUGAUUAGUAAUUGUUCCCAUAAUGAGUUACAUAGGAGGAUCCAUGACUGGGACCCUUGCUUGAGUUUAGAGCUAAAAACAGCUAAAGAAGUAAACAUGUAUGAAGUUCCUCGUUGUGGAAAUAAGAGAGUGGAGGCCAGUGAGAAAUGUGACUGUGGUUCUGUGAAAGACUGUACCACUGAUAAGUGUUGUGAAGUCAAUUGUGAGUUUACUCAGGGUAGCUCUUGUGCUGCAGGAGGUUGCUGUCUAUCUUGUAAGUUUGCACCCACUGGAACAAUAUGCAGAGACAAAAAUGGUAUUUGUGAUCUUCCAGAGUACUGUAGUGGAGCCUCAGAGCAUUGCCCAGGAAAUUUUUACAUCAUGGAUGGAACUCCUUGUUCUCCACUGGCAGUCUGCAUAGCAGGAAACUGUAGUGACCGUCAUUUGCAGUGUCAAGCUCUUUUUGGAUACCAAGUAAAGGAUGGUUCACCAGCAUGCUAUAAUGAAUUAAAUGUCAAAGGUGACCGAUUUGGAAACUGUGGCAUUAGAAUCAUACGUGGAGGAAGCCAACCUGUCCCAUGUCAAAAGGAGGAUGUUUUUUGUGGAAUGAUCCACUGUGAUGGUGUCAGUCAUAUUCCUGGUGGAGGUGAGCACACUACCUUUUAUCACCUAAAGGUUCAAGAUGUUAAAGAAGAACAGUGCUUUGGGUAUGAUGCACACCAUGGGACAGAACUUCCAGAAAUGGGGCUUGUAGUGGAUGGUGCAACCUGUGGCCCUGGCAAAUAUUGUAAAGCUCAAAGAUGUGUUGCUCAUCCAACUUUGAAUUUUAAUUGCAACAUUAGUUCGUGUAACUUCAGAGGGGUGUGCAACAACAAAGGCAACUGUCACUGUGUUCGAGGAUGGCAGCCACCACAUUGUUUACAAAUAGGAAAAGGUGGUAGUACAAAUAGUGGCCCUCCACCUACCACUCAGAAAAAACAUCAAGCUGAAAUACAUGUGAGUGCCAACAGGCUAAUAGUCAUUUUAAGUAUUCGCAUGAUUCUUAUCUUGGCUUCGAUUCUUUUGGGUGCAGUUUUCAAAGCAAUAUUUGUUUCAGAAACUACAGAAGAGGAGCAACAUUCUGCUGUUAACAGACAGUUGACUUCAUACCAAACUAUUUGAAGCCACACAAUGGACAAAAUCCAUGUCAAUUACCACAAGAAAUUGUCGAUGAUGUGUAACCAUUGAUAAAUUGGAGAAUUUCAUCUUAAAAUAAAAUCACUGAGGAAUUAG